CUCACACGAUGCCUGGGAGAGAACUGAAUCUCCUCAGCCUUGACGGCGGAGGCGUCCGAGGUCUUUCUUCUUUAUACAUCCUCCAGCGCAUUAUGAACUCGAUCGAUCCAGACAACCCGCCUAAGCCUUGUGAUUAUUUCGAUAUCAUUGGUGGAACGAUCNUCAUUGCCAUUAUGCUGGGUCGUCUCGAGAUGAGCGUUGACGAAUGCAUCAAAACCUACACCGAACUGUCCAAAGACGUCUUUCACAAAACAAGACGAAUACCUAUCGGUAUCAAAGGAGAUCUCAAGGAGCGCUAUGAUAGCGAAGCUUUGGAGCUUGCUGUCAAGAGGGUUCUACGGAAUUGCGGUGUAGAUGAGGACACCCUACUGAAGAAUCCACAAGGAACAAAAGUGUUUGUAUGCUGUACCAGCGGUGAAACCUCGCAGACCGCUUUACUUCGGACUUGGCAUACAGCAAGGGGUGAUCCGGAUCUGUACCAGACCGUCCGUAUCUGGGAAGCUGCUCGCGCUACGUCAGCAGCAUCGACCUUUNUCGAUUCGAUAACUAUCGGCGAGCCUGGACAGCGAUUUCUGGAUGGAGGCACCGGCGCGAACAACCCCAUCCGUCACAUCUGGGGCGAAGCUACGGACGUUCUGUCACGUCGGGAGUCUUUACUCAAGAAUCUUGGCUGCCUAAUUUCGAUCGGCACAGGCCAGCCUGGCUACAAGCGUUUUGAAGAGACGGUCCAGGGCAUCGGGAAAGCACUGUUGGACAUUGCUACCGAGACCGAAUCCACCGCCAACCAGUUUCAUCGAGAACAAUUUGGGCUUUUCGAGAGCAAGACAUGCUUUCGGUUCAAUGUCCCACGCGGAUUGGGCGAUAUUGGUCUAGCAGAAACUGAGCAAAUCCCUGCCAUCAAGGCCAUGACAAGCGACUACUUGCAGACAGAAGCUGUACAGGGUGACAUUCGGAUGUGUGUACAACAAUUGGGCGAGCGUCAAAGUAUGUCAGACUUCGCG